AUGCUGUCCCGAACAGCCGCCUCACGGCGAGCCGCGGUUGUCACGGCUUCCGCCGCCGCAGUCCGCGCAACGACACCACGAAUCGCCGCCCUCGGGCAGAGAGCGUUACUCCCCACAGCCACGACGAUGUCAGCGACGAGGUCGAUAUCCGUAUGGCCUUCUCGCAGCAAAAAGCCCAUCGACCCCACCCUACCCGUGUACUUCCCACAGCCGCCGCCGCCGUCGCACCAGCACCAGCACCAGCACCAGCAACGUCUCCCGUCAUGGAGAAAGGUGCGGUACGCACUCUUCACUCUGCUUGUGUACUACGCGCUGUGGCAGAUAUAUAUGAGCGUGGUGCUGGACCCGCUUCUCGACUGGGCCGAGGAGGAGUGGGACUCCUUGUCGGAGAAGGAGAAGGAAGAACUCGAGGAGGCGGGCGAGGACGAGAUGGACGAAGAGGAGGAGCCCCUCCUAUUCCUCCCAUUUCCCUUCACCACCAAGCAGAUUGCCCAGCCGCCGUACCGGGGGAGCGAUCCCGAGUGGAAGGAGUUUGUCAAGGUGAACAAGGAUGAGAAGAGGAAGAAGGAUAUCAAGAGAUCCCUCGCCGAGACGGUACGGCGGCGAGCCGAGGCCAACCCGGUCAUCGUCAACUUGAUGGGCGGCAAGACAACCAAGGUCAGGAAGAUGUGGCUCGACAUAAUCUACCCUCCUGCUCCGCCGCCAAAGCACUACAUCUCAGGACUGAUUGUCGACUACGACGGCCUCUUCUGGGGUGACCGGUCCAUCGAGACCGUGGCAGCCAACCAGAUCGACGCAAUCAUGUACCCCAAGGCCGUAGCCAUGGCGGUCUGGACCUUCUGGGACGUACUCCUCAAGCGGUCCAAGGACGACAUUUCGCGCGCCCUCGGGCUUUCGGGUACCCAGGAGCCUGAGACAUCAUGGCAGUCCGUCAUCAUCAACCGUGGCAAGGAGCAGCAGCAGCAGCAGCAGUCCCCCGCGGCAGGAACGGUUCUCAACCCGCCAUCUGCGGCGCCGUCGUCCAACGACAAUCCACAGGCCAAGGCGUCGCAACCAGGCUCUAUCCAAGGUCCUCCUGACUUUGCCAACCUGUUCAGGAGGCUAGGCGGCGGCGGCGCAGGCGGGGAAGGCGGCGAGAGAGGAGACGGUGCUGCGCCCGCCAGCCCCAUGUCGCAGAGCGUCAUGUUCGCCUUCCAGGCUGCGUCGCUGGUGCUGGCCAAGAACUGGAAGCGCACGGAACACCACGUCAGCAAGGGGUGUAUCCGUGUCGACGGGAUGGUUGAGCUGCAGGGCCGCUCCGCCUUCAUGGUCGUGUACGUCCUCGGGUGGUACGACCCCAAGACCGACAAGUUUAUGAAAGUCGAGACCAAGCUCAAGCACCUGGUCCAGACGAAGCAGAAGCCCUUGGGUGGCAAGUAA